ACAGUCCAUGUAACAAAAGGUAAAGCAUAAUAAUGGUGGCCAAGCAGAAAAAGACGCGGGGUCCCUACAAGAAAAGGCAAACGCCCGUUGUCCAGGCCAAGGGUUUUGCGCCUACAAGGGGACGACCUAUGAAGGUUGAGGUUGAUCUCUUCAUGGAAUGUGAGGAGGAAAGUCUGUCCAUAGCCCAGAUUAAGGCAUUCAAAGAAGCGGAAGCAGAGCAUGAAAAGGCAAAUAACUUAAUAAAGUUAGCGAGAGGCACUGGCAAUACCUUGGUCCCCUCAAAUUCUCCCAACACCUUCAACAUAGUGCCUCUCAAACCAUUGCCUCUCAACCCUCCGGGACAAGUCAUUGCCUCGUCCUACACCCAUGUCUCGGAAGCUGUCACCUCAGGUAACCAAGGGAUCCAAAUUCUGACUAGCAACCAGGGCCCCCAGAAUGCAGUUUCUGUGCCUGUGUCCCCCGUGGAGCAGCCUUCGAGGGGUCUACCCCCUCCUAGACCAGCUCAGUUCCUGAAUAAGCAGCAGCCACCAGCUAACAGGGCACUUGCCCCUGCACCCAUAAGCCCAUCUCCCGACAUCAUCCUGGUAGGUGAAACUCCACCGCUGGUGACCAAUACGUCUCUAGGCAGUCCAGUUUCCUUGGCAACCAGCAUGCUGAAUGUGACCCAGUUCUUGACCUCACACAGCAUAUUGGCAAAGCAGGGGUUCAAAUUGGUUACUGUUCCCUCCAAUCAACCCAUACGGAACCAGUGGGCCAUUAGACCUGUUCUGAUGUCGUCGCAGUCCCAGACAAUGCACUCGGGUACUGCAAUGCCAGUCAGUAUAGUUACCCAGCCUGGUGCCAGGAUGCCUUACACUGUACCGGGAACCUCCAUGUCUCAUGUGAGAACCAUACUCUCUAAGCCCACAGAGCCUGGUUCCAAGCGUGCGCUCAGUGACACCACGUCUUCUGCCCAGCCUCCGGCCAAGAAGAAAACAGUGAACCCGGAAAAGGAUGAAGACUUCACACAUGUUGAGGACAAGACAGUGUUUUUUAAGUCCAAGGAAGGCAAACUUGUACCACUGGAGGAAUUCUACUAUGGUACUCUAGAAGGAGAUGCCAAUUUCACAGAGGAGAAGGGAGAGUUCAGGUUCAAGUGCUGGUACUGCUCCAAGAUGCUCUACAACAAUGUGAGGGCCAUGCAGCACAUUCAAGGUCACAUCACGUCCAGCAAGCAACAGAACAUUGACCUCUCCGAUCUCACCCAGUGCAAGCAUUGCUUUAAGCAGUUUGACACCCCAUUUGAGAUGCAGACCCAUGUUGAAAAGGUGCACCUAAGUAACAAGGUGCUGAUGUGCAGGAUCUGUGAGCAGGACUUCACGACAUCCCGUCUGCUGGCCAACCACAUGAGGCUCAGUCACUUCCCCUCGGAGAUGCCCUACCUGUGCCAGCUGUGUAGCUUCAGGUCCAGCAUGUACAGUGAUGUCGUCGACCACUUUAAGAAGAAACAUGACUCCUCCUGCAAUCUCCUCUGCCUGUACUGCCUGAGAACCUUUGAUGUGAAGUUUGUCUCCCAGGGCUGGGGCCAGACACAGACGUACUACGGGCACCUGCUGAAACACCAGUCCAAGACAUCAAACAAGAAGUGCCCACUGUGCAGGCUAACGUUCUUCAACGCGCAGGACGUGAAGAAUCACAGGAAAUCCUGCCAUGUGAUGAUGAACAGGGAAGCUUCAGGUUUCUCUCCAGGAGGUAAGCAAGACACCAGCGCAAGGCAGAAGAAGUCCAACCUGAAAUCUCUCAACGCUCCAUCAGUCUCUAAGAUUCUUGACUACGGGGACGUGAAGUUUCCAACAGAGACUCAGACUUCCAAGUGUGUCGAGUGCAAGAUGGCUAUGGCCUCUGCGGACCAUUAUAAGAAGUUCAUCCACUGCUCCAUGUGUCGGUUUGCGACCAGCUGCAGUGUAGCCUACGCCAACCACAUGCUGGGCUUCCAUUCUGGUCAGAUGUCCAGCCUCAACCUGAACAUCCCCUGGGAAAGGCCGGCGCAACAAGCCCUGUACUGCGCCUGUGGAUUCUCAACCAGAUAUGGGAAUAAGCUAGCCAACCACCUGGUGUUCUGUACAAAGGCUGUGUGCUACACCAGCAAGCCUGACACCAUGGAGGACUCUGAUGACACGGCCACAGCCAUGAAAGAUGCAGAGAAGAGCUCUGACAGUUCGGUGCUAGGAGUCUUGGGACUGGUACAGAAGAGACCAGAGUUUAUGAGUCGCCCUGGUCCAAAGUCAAAAUCUCGAGCAUUGCAGAAAACAAGACCAGAAUCACGAUUUGCCAAUGUUAUCAACCUGACAAAAGAAGUUCUAUUAAGCAAGGAAAAAAUUCUUAAUGUCAUAGAUAUCACUGAAGAUAAAACUGAAGAUAAAGAUAAGCCUAACAUGAAAAUGACAGAUACAAAUGAUGUGCCUAAUGUUGGUGAAUCUAAGUUUAAAGGCGAUGUAGACAAGGAACAAAUGGAGGAUAAAAAGGCUGUGUUUGCUGUUGAUUUAGCUAAAAAUGCUAUUGAAGGUAGGGAUAAGAAAACUGAGAUAAAUGAGGUCAAGAAUGAAGAUAACUUGAAACAGGAAUAUAAAACUGAAAACAAAACUGAGUCUGCUGAAAUUCAAGGAAUUAUCAAACUGAUACCAGCAGAAGAGAAUGUGACAACUGAUCAUGAUGAAGAAGGACAAACCAAGGAAAUGAAGCUGGAUUUGAAAGAGGUUAUUGAUUUGGCUGAAGAUGAUACUGACCAUCAACUUGAAACUGAAAACAAGACAGAAGAUCACAAAGAAGCUAGACAAGCUGAACAGCUGAUAAAUGUCACUGAAAAAGAAGAACAAACCAAGAAAAUAAAGCGGGAUUUGAAAGAGGUUAUUGAUUUGGCUGAAGAUGAUACUGACCACCAACUUGAAACUGAAAACAAGACAGAAGAUCACAAAGAAGCUAGACAAGCUGAACAGCUGAUAAAUGUCACUGAUAAGGAUGGAGUUGAUAAAGAAGAAGACGCUGUUAAUGAAACAACAGAGAAAAUGGAAGUCAGCAUUGAAGAAUCAAGAAAAGAUGUAGACAAUUUGAACAAUGAAGAGUCAGUGUCUUUGAUAACUGUUGACGAUGUUGCUGAAGAAAGUGCUGAUGAUAUUGUGGAUGAGAUGGCUGAAGAUGUGAGUAUGAAAGAAUCUGAAGCACCUGAUGCUAAUGUUGUUGCUAGGGAGCCAGAACCUGUUAUUAAAGAAUCAGCUGAAAAGCCUGAAGAAAGUCAAAUUGAAGAGAUUAGCGAGAUGCAAACAGAUGAAAAGAUAGAUGUCCUAGAAUCAGAUGAGAAGACUGAGGUACAGAUAGAUGUCCUAGAAUCAGAUGAGAAGACUGAGGAGGAGGUCGGCAAGAAAUCGGACCAGUCUGAACAUCUGUCACUUAGUGAACCAAUAAAGGUCCAGUCAGAGGUUGGAGACAAAGAAAGCCAAUCCAAAGAAAAAUCCCUGUCUGACUCAAACAAGAAUAAUUCAGAUGAGCAUCGAGAUUCGCGUAAUUCUGCAGAAAGAUCUCACGAUCGUCGUUCCAGUGAACAUGGAAGUGGAAGGCGAUCAGAAGAAAGCAGAGGUUCCUAUGAUGACAGGCAGCGUUCAAGAGACUCCAGUGAGAGGUCACGUGAUCGCCACAAUAGCAACCAGGAUCACAGGAGGUCCGAGGAGCGCUAUCGUCAUGACAAUAGAUCACAUGAAUCUAACAGCAGCAGCUCAAAUGACCGUGACAGAUCCCAUGAACGUGACCGUGACUACAACAGGAACAGGGACUAUCACCAAGGUGACGGUCGUUAUGGAGACAGUCGCCAUGGAGACAAUAGAUUUGGCGGUGGAAAUAGGGGUGGCUACAGUCAUGGAGACAACCGUGAUUACCAUGGGAAUCAGGGUCAAAGGGGUCAGCACGGUUACCAGGACAACCGGGGCAGUUACAGUCGAGGUGGAUACAACCGCGGCGGACACAAUCCAAACUACAGGGGAAGUUAUCAAGGAGGAUACUAUUGAAAAUAGCAAUGACUUUGGAGGAUGUAUUGAAGGGAUGGAUACACUGUUGGAUAUAUUUCUUAGUCCAGUGUAUAGUGGUCAAUAUAAAAUAUCACAGAAAAUGUAUUAUUUCAGUCAGUGAAACUUGCUAUGGCAUUCAAAGUAUCUUCAAAUUCAUUUGUUCACUUUUGGCCACUAAACACAACGUUAAGGCAUCAGUUUUGUUAAAUGCAAUAUUUUUCAUUCACAGAUGAACAAAAACAAACUGUGUACUUAUGGUUGUUGUUAGUUAAUAAGAAUUUGUCAUGGUCUUUGACCAAUAUUUGAUGUUAGGAGAUGCGUUAUUACGUUAGAAGCAACAUUUACUCUUGAAAAACCUGCAUACCUUAAAUUCUUAUGACUUUGUACUUAUAAUAGUUGAAACUGUGAAUAACAUCUUUAUAACUGUCUCUACAAUUGUUAGUGUGAAACAAAAAUAGUCAAAUGUGUAAGUAAAAUUUGAAUGUAGUUGUACAAGUAUUGAAUGCAUUCUCAUGUUGUAUGUGGCAGCUAAGUCAUUUUGUAUUGGCAAGCAUAUUAAACCAUAUGUGUGUUAUAUGAUCAUUAAUUUUCGCAAUGUUGACAUUGACCAAUUCAAUAAAAUGUUCUCAUUUCUGCUCAUUCUAAAAAUGUACAUAAUGUAUAAAAUAGAUAUUGUCUGUUCUUGUAUUUGUAUGGAUCAUUUAAUGUGUAUAUGUUAUGAAUUGUAAAUUCACCAAGUUUACAUAAAAGCACCAUUGAUGAAACAUGUGUUUAUAAAAAAAAUUCAGAACUUGUGUGUAUAUUGAUAGGCAUUUGGCAUAUACUUUUUGUUAUCUUUUUAUCUUUGGUUGUUAUUAGAGGUUAUUCAUCUCUGAAGUCUUUUGUUUGUUUUAUAUAAACUGUAAGAAAUUAAAGAUGUUAAACUGUUUAUUUUUAUUUUUCAAAAGUGCACUGACUAGUUUUGUCUAUCUUCAUUUACUUAUUUGCAAGGUCACUUAAAAAAGUAAUGUUACUGUUUUAACUGUGUAUUUUGCGUUCUUGACAUUGCUUUAAACCUGUAAUAAUUUGUUGUUGAUGACUCAUUUCUGUAACAAGUUUGUCACAGUGAGUACAAUGAUGUCAUAUAUUUGUGUCUUGUUCUGUGAAAGUUGGGCAUAAUGCAUGUGCGGACUGCACAGGCUAAUCAGGGAUGACACUUUCUGCUUUAAUGGUAUUUUUUGUUUAAAGGAAGUCCCUUUUUUCCAAAAAUCUAGUUUAAGCGGGUUCUGGUCGGAUGAUUUUUCACAGAGUUAUGGCCCUUUGAAAUUUUCCAUUAACUGUACAUACAUGUAUAGUGCAAUUCUUGUCCGGGCUAUUUCUCGGCAACUAAUGACUGGAAUUCAAAGAAACUUUAUGGGAAGCUUCACUACCAAGAGAUGUGCAUAUUAUCAGCGGGUUCUGGUUGGAUGAUUUUUCACAGAGUUAUGGCCCUUUGAAAUUUUCUAUAAAAAAAAUUAUUGUCCUCCAAACUACUGUGCCCUCAAGACGUUUCCUUUUAUCUGAAUAUAUAGUGCAAUAUUGUGACAAAAAAAACCUUUGGGGAGCAUCACCCGUCUUUGACGGUUUCUUGUUGGCAAAGUUAUGCCCCGUAGACUUAGAAAAUUUCUCUAUAAUAUCCGUUUUCUGGAGGUUUCUUAGGAAAUGCUUGCAGAUAUUUAGCUGAAUUUUAGUAUGUGAGUUUUUUCACAUGACUUACAGAUUAAGUGUUAGUUUUUCCGGUCCAUUGAUUUUCUGCAAAGUAGGGGGCAUUGUGUUUCACAAAAACAGGUCUUGCUUGUUUAAAGGAAGCUUCUUAUAAACAAAAAUAAACUUAAGGCGGAAAGUGUUAACGGAAAUGCACAAAAUAUUGUGUUUUAACAUGAUUUAUAAUUAUUUGUGCAAUUGAACUGCAUUUAUGUUGCUGUACUCAAGUUUUUCUAAACGAAGAUUAAUGAGUAGUAACACAUUGUUUGUGCAAGCUGCUAAGGCUAACCUAGGAUGACACUUGUAUUAAACCAUUUAUGCCUAGUGGACUCUCCCAUUCUUCUAAAUUGGAUUAAUUUAUAACCAAAAUUAGGGAUGUCUAGUAUAUUUAUUUCUAUAUUUAGAACAUUUCUUACAGAAAUUCAUUUAAGCAAACAGCGCAGACCCUGAUGAUACGCCGCAUCAUACGGCAUCUCAUUAGGGUCUACGCUGUUUGCCAAGGCCUUUUUUUCUAGACGGUAGGCAUAAAUAGGCCCAGAACAAGGCUACCAGUAAUUUGUUCCUUUGUUUGAAGAUUUGAGGUAUUGUGUUAGAAGGCGGGAUAUAAGCUGUUGUAUCUUCUUUUACAACGUACGUAUCAUUUCAAAGUUCAUGUGCAACCCCAAUACGUGUAUAUAUAUACUAUUGAUCAGUUAUAUUGAUAGGUUUUUUAAUGUGCUUGAUCUGUUUCUGUUAGUAAACUUUUGAAACCUUUUGUAUUUUGCAUGGUUACCAUGUAUGAUUUUUGUGUAUUUUAGAGGCAAAUUUGUGAUUAUCCACCUUUUAUGAGGAAAAAUAUUAUUGAAAUAAAAUUUGUCACAUUGGAAAUUAUUGAAUUAAUAAAAAAUGAAAAAUCA